AUGAGCUUCGGGGACCGCCACACCGUGUCGUCCUACCGCAAGAUCUUCGGAGAUUCUCCCCGCUUCCCGACCUCUGCGUCCCGCAUGGGCAGCGCGGCCCCUCGGCCCUCCACGGGGCCCAGAGCCACGGCCGCGCCGCGCCACGGCGCAUCCUCCGUGGGGAUGUACAGACGCCACGGUCGGUCCUCCGCCCCGUUCUCUCUGGUUCCGACCGGUUCUUUCGAUUUGAGUCAAACCUCUGUGGUCAACAAUGAAUUCAAAGUGAUCAGAACCAACGAGAAGGAGCAGCUGCAGGGUCUGAAUGACCGCUUCGCCAUGUUCAUCGAUAAAGUCCGGUAUCUGGAGCAGCAGAACAAAGUCCUGGAGACGGAGCUGGUGAGCCUCCGGCAGAAACACAGCGAGCCUUCCCGCGUCGAGCUUCUCUACCAGCAGGAGAUGAGAGACCUGCGCUCCCAACUGGACGAGCUGAACCGGGACAAGAACCGAAUCCUGAUCGACAGGAAUAACAUGGAGGACGAGCUGCAGAAGCUGAGUGUGAAGUUCGAUGAAGAGGCGAGGGCGCGGGAGGAAGCCGAGCAAACCCUUCGGUCCUACAGGAAGGAUGUUGAUGACGCGACGGCGGUCCGCCUGGACCUGGAGCGGCGCGUCGAGUCACUGUCGGAUGAAAUCUCCUUCCUGAAGAAAGUGCAUGAAGAGGAAAUCGAGGAGCUGAGCAACAUGAUGGAGGCGCAGCAGGUCUCCGUGGAGAUGGAUCUCGCCAAACCAGACCUCACCUCAGCUCUGAAGGAGAUCCGCAGCCAGUACGAGUCCAUUGCCUCCAAAAACCUGCAGUCGGCUGAGGAGUGGUACAAGAGCAAGUUUGCGAGCCUGAGUGAGCAGGCGACCCGGAGCAACGAGGCAAUGAGGGCCAGCAGGGAAGAGAUCAACGAGUUCAGGAGGCAGCUGCAGUCCAAGACGGUGGAGAUAGAGACCCUGAGGGGCGCCAACGAGUCUCUGGAGAGGCAGAUGGGCGAGAUGGAGGACACGCACAAUGCUGAGGUCACAGCCAUGCAGGACACCAUUAGCCACCUGGACAGUGAGCUGAGGAACCUGAAGACUGAGAUGGCUCAGCACCUGAGGGAGUACCAAGACCUGCUCAAUGUCAAGAUGGCUCUGGAUAUCGAGAUCGCCGCCUACAGAAAACUAUUGGAGGGAGAAGAGACCCACUUCAACUCUGGGAUGUUAUUUGGCACCGCUAGCUACAGCUACCAAGCCCGAAGCUCCACCGAAUCGUACAAAAGCAGCCAGAGGGAGAAAGGAGGAGCCAUGAAGGAAAGCUUCAAGGACAUCAGCGAGGACAAAGAAGAGGCAGACAUCAACUCCAACAACUGAACACAAGCAGGGGAGAAAUUACACCCAAUCAUGAGCAUCAAAGCUGUGACAUAGGGUUAAACUAUUGUGCAACUUUAAAACAAAACCUGGGUGCACAAGUUUGAAUUGAUCAAAUGUUUCUUAGGUGGUUUAGUCUUGACAUCGCCAUUUUUGUAGUUCUUUUUUAUAGUUCUGGUUGGAUAAUUGACCAUUCAUCUUGGAAUAAUUAGCAUUUUGGGAUCAAUAUUAAGGUAUUUUCCUGUUUUAAACCCAUAAAUUCUACCUGAAGUGAUAUAAUACCCUUUAAAUAAGAAAGUAACUAAGUAUCUAAUGUGAAUGCAUAUUAUAUAUACACACACACUUUUUUUUUAGGAUUCUUGACUAAACAAAAUCAAAAAAUAAAAGAAGCCAAACUUCACCAAACCUGCAAAGUUGGGUAAUUAUUUGUUUUCCUUCUGAUUCCUGUUUGUUGAUGGAACGUAUUAAAUACAUCUCAAUCCAAAGGUCUGCCUUGUGCCACCUGUUGCUGAUUGCUUAACUAAUUUCUAAAUCGUAGAUUGCCUACCUCAGACAGUUGUUCCUGGAACAAUCUGAAUAGUUUUGACUCCAUAUAUUUUUCUGGCAAUGUUGGGCAGAAUAGUUUAAACUGAUUUUAAACCUCCAUUAUGUUUAGAGACUUUUCUAGAGACAAAAACAAACACAAUUGACCAAAACUAAGCUUUUCAGAAGCUUGCAAAAACAAAGUAAUUUUGCUGCAGCUUUGAAACAUCUGGUGGACAAACAUAAAACUGCAUUUUAAACCUGAAGUUGAAUACCAGUCCUUACAAAAACGUCAGUUUUUAAUUCACUUUAAACUAAUUUAAGAAACUCAGACCAUAAUUCAAAGUCUACCUUAAAUU